AUGAGGACACAAAGAAAAAACAGUAAAUGUUAUGAGGAUUAUGGAAUAUCUAGUGGAGUAAAGGAAAGUGUUAGAAUUUUGGUCUGUUCCAGAGUGGUGGUUUUUUUUUUGCAACUAUUAUCUACUUUGUUACUUCCGGAGGCUUCUACAGAUGCAUAUAAGAAUGAUUAUAAUGUUGAUGAUAAUUCAUUGUUAUCAAAAAUUAUUUUUUAUCUUCUAAGAGGAUACAGUCGUUGGGAUGGGCAACAUUUUUUAAAUAUAGCAAAGAAUGGCUACAGAUGGGAAUCAACUUUGGCUUUUCAACCAUUAUAUCCAACAAUAAUUAGUUUUUUAUCAAAAUUGGUACCUUUUUUAUCUGAAGAUAUUGGUAUUUUACUUAGUGGUGUAAUUCUUAGUAACAUAUGUUUUGUUAUGACAGGAAUCUUACUUCAUUAUAUUAUAUCACAUAUAUUUUUUAUUAAUUCAUAUACAAGAAAAAUUGCUAUUAUCAUAUUUGCUUACAAUCCAUCUUCUAUAUUUUUUUCAUCCAUAUAUACCGAAAGUUUAUAUAGUUUUUUAACAUUUCUUGGUAUCUAUUAUUUAUAUAUUGAACAACAACUUUACAAAUCUGUUAUUGGCACUUCAAUUAUUUUUUCAUUAGCUUUACUUACUAGGACAAACGGGAUACUAAAUAUAGGAUAUAUUGGUUAUAAAUUAUUAUCAUUAUGGAUGUCAGAAAAAGUAACAACAAGACGUUUUGCAGGAUUAUUAAUAUUAUCUUUUAUUAUUCUUACAUUACCAUUAAGAAUAUAUGAAUAUAUGGUACAAAAAAAUUUUUGUUCACAACAACCAUUAAAUAUUAUUGUAUCCUCAACGGGAGGAGGAAAAUUUAUAUAUCCUGGUGACAUAAAAAAUUUAUCAUGGUGUCCGAUGACAGGAUAUUACAUUCCUUCUCUUUUUCUUCCAUCAUUUUAUUCAACUAUCCAAAAAAAAUACUGGGAUGUUGGUUUGUUUUCAUACUGGCAAUUAAAAAAAAUUCCCAAUUUUAUUUUGGCUGGACCAACAAUAUUAUACAUAUUUUAUGCUUCUAAAUUUGUUAUUAUGAAAACGAUGAAUAUCAAAGGCCACAAUACAAUUGUUUUUCCAUUACGAAGUUUAUUACCAUUUUCACUUCAUUCAUCUUUUUUAGCUUUAACAGCAAUAUUUAUUUAUAAUGUUGAGGUAUCAAUAAGAAUUCUUUUCUCAUCUAAUCCUUUUAUUCCAAUGUCAUUAGCUUUAUUGUUUUCAACUGCCUACAAACAACGAUGGAAUAAUUUUCCUUUUGACUUGGUAUGGAAUGAGAAUCUUAUAAGUUUGUACUUUUGUUAUAAUUUAUUCUUAUUUGCUAUCGGAACUAUUGGACAUUGUAUAUGGCUACCAUAUGUAUGA